ACCACGAAUGCAGCGAAAAUUUUGCAUAAUCAUUCGCAAAUGUCGUCUUACACGUCUUGCGGGUUUGCGUAUUCGUGCGCAUGUGAGUGACCGGUGUUACACGCUCAGAGAUGUGGAACGUUUCCAAAACGAAGUAGAUAACUAACUACUAAGUAAAUAGUUUAAAAAGAAAACAGUGAGGUACCUAUUAUAGAAAGUACACCUAAUGUCUUCAUAUAUAUUCUUAAAAUUACUAAGGAAGAAACGUAAUGUCAAAUUAUCCCAAAAAGAAAGGCAGAAUUCGCAAUCACCUUCGAACUCUGUACAUGGCGACAAUAUCUGCAGAAUUUGCCUUAAGGAGGGAUAUCAAUAUAUUUUUUCUAGUAAAAAUACCUUUAAUAUACAAGACGCGAUAAAAACAAUAACAGGUAUCGAAAUAUGCGAAACUGAUUCCUAUCCCAAAUGUGUUUGUAGCAACUGCUUUGCCCUUCUCCAAGGAGCUGUUAAAUUCCGAAACACUGCUAUUGACUCUGAUAAACUUCUUCAUCAAGCAGUAACAGCAGACUUCCAAAUCGAUAAUGCAAACGAUGAGGAUAGUAACCAAUCAGAAGAAAUGCCGCUUGUUGCAUAUAAGGAGAAAAAAAAACUAAGAAUCCAAUGUAAUCUCUGUAAAGCGAUAAUCAGAUCUGACUCAUACCAAAAACAUUUGAAGCGGCAUCAGUCAGCAACUCACUUGGUAUGUGAAGUGUGUGGCAAACUAUAUCGGAAAGACAACCUGAUCAGACAUUUACAGUUACACAGUGAUUAUUUACCACAUGUGUGCCAAAUAUGUCCAUACCGAGGCAGAUUCUAUGAGUCAUUAAAAAUACAUUUACGUACCCACAGUGGUGACAAGCCUUUUUCCUGUGACAAGUGUAGUCUAAGAUUUUUGACACGAAGCAACCUCAACAGGCAUCUUCUGACUCAUAAAAAAGAAAAACCCUUUAAAUGCUUGGAAUGUAGUCGAAGUUUCUAUUUGAAGAGAGACAUGGAAGCACAUUUUAAAGCAGAUCAUACAGGUGUAAAGGAUUUUGUAUGUGAUGCCUGCGGCAACAAGUAUGGAACAAAGAAGGCAUUGAUGAGACAUGAACUUAGAGUACACAAAAGAGACAAAAUGACAAAGGGGCGAACACCUCUGUACUUAUUAAAUAACAGAAAAUGCAAUGGAGUCCAAUAGUAAUUAAUGUAGUACAUCUUUUAACAUUUCACUGUGCUUGAUCAUUCCAUUUAUUUUCAUUAUACCUGAAUUAUUUAAGAAUGUUGUUAACUAAAAUGUACAUACUUAAUCUAUUAAUGAAAUUAUUCAGUUGAUUACCAAAAAUUUAAAUAAAAAACAUUUUUUUAAUACCAUUUAUUGCGAAUAAACAAAUUAAGCAAAAAAUAGUACAAAUUAAUGUUUAACUAGCCCUGAUAAUGUUGGCAAGGUUUUAGUAGAAAGAAGAAAAUUUAUUACCAUUUUAUUCAGAAAUUAAACCUUACCCUAUAAGCCAUAUUGAUUCUAUUAAAAGCUUAAAAUUCUAAUGCGUCAUGUUUAUACAAGUAUAACUGACCCUCAUUAGUAAGUUUACAUUUUGCUAAAAUAGGUCCAUUGUACGAAAAGACAAAGUGCCAGUAUUAUUCCGCAUAUAAUAUAUUUAUCUUUGGUAAAUUGAGUAUGUUUAUAAGUGACUAGAACCAUAUGAUUACAAAUGUACAAAUCAUCAUAUUUGGGUAAAUAAAUUAAAUAGCAGUAAAAGUAAUAAAUCAAAGAAAUUGCAUAAAUACUCUUAAGAGUUUGCUUGCAUACAUGUACUAUGUUGAUUAUAAUUUCAUUGUUCUAAUAAUACAUAUUCUUGUAAGUAUAUUUGAUAUUCCAAUUUAUUGAAUUGUAACAUCCCUCUUUUCCUUUUUUGGUUUCAAAUUGUCAUUUAAAUAUAAAUUACAAAUCUUAUUUAUAGACAUCUACUUGACAAUGGAAGAUUCUUUUAUAAAUAUAUAAUUUACAUUUUGUAUAACAACAUCUAAAUAAAGGCCACAUUAUCACUUAUGGUUACACAACACUGAACAAUUUAUUGAACAUCAUUAAUUUUAAUUAAGAUUCAUAUUUUAUUUAGGUAUAUUCAUAUUUUUGUAUACACAAAUGAAGGAAAUUAAUAACUGUUAGAAUUUCAUACA